CCCAAAAUCUUUAUCCAAUUCUGUUAUCGUAAUUUUCAAUUUCAAAUUUCCCCACCAUUUGGAUCUGCUCUUCGUCUUCUUCCUCAGUCCACACACACUCACACACACACGCAGACCUAUCAGUGAUGCCUCCAACUGAAAUCGACGCGGAUCUCGCGAGAUCAUCAGCUAAUGUAGCGACUCUAGGCAUGAGCGAAAAUGCUUUUGCGGAUAUCAACAAUUUGGAUCACUGCGCCAAGUAUUUGAACCAAACCCUCGUUACCUAUGGCUUUCCCGCUUCCCUCGAUCUAUUUUCUAAUGAUCCUGUUUCAGUGGCUAGAACUUGCAACUGUAUGUACACACUGUUGCAGCAGAGGCAUAGGGACAUUGAAUUCAGGGAGUCUGCAAAUGAGCAGAGGCAGCGACUCUUAUCGGACAUUUCACGAUUGGAAGCCAAAGUGGAGAGGCUAGAAGCACAGUUAUCGGGCAAAGAUAGAGAUAUAGCUACAUUGACUAGAACGGAAGCUAAAGCUACAGCAGCUUUCAAGGCCCAAAUUGAGAAGUUGCAGCAGGAACGAGAUGAAUUUCAAAAGAUGGUUCUGGGUAAUCAGCAAGUGAGAAACCAGCAGAUACAUGAGAUGAAGAAAAAAGAAAAGGACUAUAUAAAGUUGCAGGAGCGUCUUAAUCAAGUAUUAAUAGAGAAAAAGAAGGAAUCUAAAUCAGGCAUUGAAAUUAUGAAUUUACUACAGAAAGAAGGCAGACAGCGUGGAACAUGGAAUGGGAAGAAGACUGAUAAUGAUUUUCACAAAAAGAUUGUGGAUGCUUAUGAGGCAAAAAAUCAAGAACUUGUGGCAGAGAAUGCUGAUUUGCGGGCAUUACUACGUUCGAUGCAGUUUGAUAUGCGAGAGUUUUUAAAUGCUCCAAAUGGCAAGAUGUCUUGUCCUACUAAUGAUAGGCCAGGCGCAGAUCCAUCACAGUCCCCAUUGGGCGGGAAGACGGAUAUGUUUGAUCUGCCUCUCCAUAUGGGUAGAGAUCAAAUUGAAGAAAGUCUCCGCACAAAAAUGGCUUCUAUAAAGGAGCGGAUGGUUCAGCUUCAAGAUGCACAAAAGGGCUCAGAACUCACUUCUGAGGUGACGGAGAGAGAACUUGAGCUCGAAGCUCAGCUUGUCGAGGCAAGGAGUAUAAUCCAAGAGCAGGCAUCGGUAAUGUCGAAACAUCUUGCAAAAUCUGAGAGGCCCUCAAGGAGAUUGAGUGGCCAUAUGAGUUCCGACAGGGAUUCGAUAAUGUUGUCACAGUCAGAGGGUUUGUAAAUGAGUGAACUUGUCUUUGAUGAUUCAUAUAAUAACAUAAUGAUGGUGUUCUUUGCCUUGAGAGUGUUGAAAAGACCAUUAUACCCUCUUCACCCUUCUUCAUUCAGCCUCCAUGGUUAGUUGCUAGCUAUCCUUCUAAGCCAACUGUAUUAUUAUCAUAUUUAAUUGCCGCAUCUUUAAGUUUAAAUUAUAAAUUAUUGUAUA